CCCCUCGUGCUACCUCCAUAGCAGUUGGCAUUUAUUUUGUUUACUUUGGCCAGGGGGGUCCCGCAACACGACAACGACGACAACGCGAUAGGCCUCGUCCAAACACGCCCUUUUUGUCCCCCAAAAACCCACACAAACAAAUUGAAAAUGCCUCGAGUUGCUCAAGUUCCCCGGACGGGGAGUGCCAGGAACAACACAGGCUCCAGUACGGCCUCACCAUUCAUAACGCAGUCACCCGUCAAAAUCCCCCUCAACGACGAUGUGUCAGAAAAGGGGCAGCGCAUGAGCUCCAGGAGAGCUCUCCACGAAAGACAAUUUAACGAGAUCAAGAAGGCCGCAACUCCUCGCAAGGUUGGCCUUCGCCUUGACGACAUGGAGAACGGUGAUCCCCAAACUCCCCGCGGCGGCCGCGCCAGCUAUAUCGAAGAUGAUGAGGGCUUUGUGGUCGGAGGUUCUGCGGUCACGCCUAUGAAGCGUGUGCCGCUUCUCGCCAAUUUCGAAGAAUGGAUGAAGAUGGCGACCGACAACAAAAUCAAUGCGACAAAUUCAUGGAACUUCGCUCUCAUAGACUACUUUCACGAUAUGUCACUCCUCAAGGAAGGCGACGGUGUGAACUUCCAAAAGGCCAGUUGUACCUUGGACGGAUGCGUCAAGAUCUACACCAACCGUGUGGACAGCGUCGCAACGGAAACAGGGAAGCUAUUGAGUGGCCUUGCCGAUAGCAACAACGCCAAGAAGAAAGACAAAGAUGGCGAGGAUGCCGACGAGAGCGACGAAGAAGAACUCGAUGAGGAUGGCAACGUCAAAAAGAAGCCCAAGAAGAAGACACAACGAUCAUCUGAAGCAACGCUUGCCCCCUCGUUCAACUCGCUGCAGCUCAAAAAGUUCGAGCUGGAAUUCGCAGUCGAUCCCUUGUUCAAAAAAGCAUCUGCCGAUUUUGAUGAGGGUGGCGCCAAGGGUCUUCUUCUAAACCAUCUCAUGAUCGAUUCACAAGGACGUAUCGUCUUUGACAGUAGCGACGAUACUGGUGAUGCCGCCACCCUUGGAAAGACGAAGUCCGAUGACGAAGAGGGCGACGGAGAAGACGAGGAAGCCGAGAACGACCCGGAGGAGGAGGAGCUGGAAGAUGAGGAGGAAGCCGACGAUGUCGAAAUCGAUGUUGGAGUCCUUGGUGCCAAGUUCAUCCCCGACUUGCACCGACUCGAUGAGCUUGAUGUUUGUCCUUCUUUAAAGACGUUUGAUCUUGGCGAUCCUUCGGGAUCCAUGGAUAUUCCAUUUCUGAAGGCACCCGAAGAUUGGAGACAGGACCAGGACAAGGAAAAGACCCCGGGAGCGCUUGGCGACUUUUCCGGUCUCGUAAUCGAUGGUGACGAAGCAGCAGGCUUCGAUGAUGAUGACCUUGCCCUGGGAGCCUUCGAUGCCGCCGAUAAUGUCGCUUUCGGUGAGGGCGGCGAGGCCUGGGCUAGAGAAGCCGCCCUGGAGCCACAGAUGCGAGUGUACGACGCGGGUCUCGGCGAAGAGGGUGGUGACGGGGAUGAGAUCGACGACAACGGUGAAUACGUUGUUUCGAUGACGAGCGCGCAGAAGGCGGACAAGAUGCACGAGGACAUCCUUGGAUUUUUCGACCAGGCGUUGCAGAAGAACUGGGCGAGCGCGGAGCACUGGAGGAUCAGGAAGAUCAAGGAUGUGAAUAAGCCGGCAACAGAGACAAAGAAGCGCAAAGAGAAAGAACCCUUUGAGAUCGAUUUUGCCGCACCUCUGGAUUCACACACUUCGGAUAUCAUUCAUACACAGGCCACCAACAAUUCGGCCAUCAGCAUGCCCAAGAAGGAUUGGAAGUCUAAGUCACGCAAUCUUCUCCCCGACGACAAGCACUUUAACUCCAAGUCUCUGCUAAGCCUGUUCCUCAAGCCAAAGGCACGGAUGAGCAAACGACGCACAGGCUUCAGCUCUCGCGGUGGGGGUGGCUUUGGUAAUACCGGUGCAGAUAAUCAACCUGAUGGUGAAAUGGACGAAGCAUUCUGGGCCAACCAAAAGGCCCCGCAACAUACAGACGAGACAGCGUUGCCUGAAGGCGACUAUGAUGCCAACUUCUUUCAGGACGAUGUUAUGCCAUUCCCCGGCGGCGGUGACUUGGACGAUGACGACGAUCUAGAGUUUGCGGACGCAAGAGAGCACUUCUCACCAGGGCUUGACGGGCAGGCUGGACUCACUGAUGGCGGAGGGCUCACGGCUCUACUUAAUGGAGAGACAGUAACUAAUACUGGAGCAUUCGGAACGACACUGGUUACUCAAACGAGGCGUGUACGACCCGAGUAUGUGCAAUAUGCUAGGGUAGCCAAGAAGGUGGAUGUGCGAAGGUUGAAGGAAGAGUUGUGGAAGGGUAUGGAUGUUGACAUUCUUCAAAAACAGCCUGAGCCCCAAGCAGUGGAUGUCAGCGAACCUAAGCAAGAAGAGACGCUUAAGUUCACAGAGAUCAUGAACAAUCUGCAGACCGUAUAUCCCAAGCCGGUGAUGGAUGAUAUUUCAACCUCAUUCUGCUUUAUCUGCCUCUUGCACUUGGCCAAUGAGAAGGGUCUUGUGAUUGACAACACACCUGGUCUGUCGGAACUUGAGAUCCGCAGGGAUUGGUCAGCGGAGAUUGUCGAGGGUGAAUAGCGGGAGCGGUUUUGAACUAUGUCAACACUUGUCUUGAGUAUGUUUGGGAGUGGCCAUGUACUUGUUUGUUUGACGAGUCAUGCAUGAGAUGCUUGCGGAAUCGUUCAAGAGACACAUAGCAAUGCAUGGUAUGGUUUGGUCUGGUAUGGCAUGGCAUGGAAGAUAACGUGAUAUCCUGGCGUUGGGGGGAGAAGUCAACAGUAACAACAUCUAGAGUACUUGUUUUGAAUGAAGGACACGACGGAAUGAUUGAUUGGUCAUAUUCAUGAGCUUUGCUUUAUACCAUGUGGAUGCUGACUGGAAGAUGAGGUGGUGGUUCUUGAAUUUGCAGCCUCUUGUUGCGGGGUUCCUUUAAUUUCAAGUAUGAAGAAAGCAAGUUUAAAUUCUUGAGUGAUUGAGCUUUUGUGGUCUCUUGGGUCGUAUCCAAGUUUUCUCAAUGAUAAUACCUUGGUCAAUGGCAACCUGACCUGACAUCCAUAUCCUAUUCUCGUGGCUGCUGGAAAAUCAACGGCAGAAAAUUCGCCAUUCUAUCAUCUAAUCCAAUACGCUAACGCUACAGUGAUAUCUGCAGCAUGACACUCACCUCAUAGCUGACUUUUCCAGUUCCCAUGUCUGAAGGGAAUU